CAACUUUUACCUUGAAACCGAGGCAGAUCUGAACUCAAUUCACUCUAGUGUCAGCAUGGCGACAGAGACUCAAUACACCCAUGUCGAACUGCUGACGUUGACUGGGCCAGAGUACCGUCGCGUGUCAACGGCGCCUCCACGUUUGCCCACCGAAGAUGAGAUCCCCAUCAUCGAUCUCAACCCUAUCGACGGCGAUUUUCAGGAACGAAAGGAUCUCGCAUCCAAGAUUCGCGCCGCUGCGGAAAACACUGGCUUCUUCUACGUCAAGAACCAUGGCAUCCCGGAGGACUUGAUCCAGGAAGCUCUCUCCCAAGCAAAAGCCUUCUUCCACCAGCCGGAAGAAGGCAAACAGAAAGUCGCGUCCGCAAAAAUGAAGCAAAUGGAUGGGUUCCAUGGAGUUGGAAGUACGCAGAUCAACAAGACAGAGUCGAAGGACCAGAAGGAGACAUUUUCCCUGCGCUAUAACCCGCUGCGCGAUCCCCAAGCCAACCCGACAACACUACCCGCCGAUGACCCCGACAACGCUCUAUGGGAAGGCACCGCCCAUCUCCCCGGCUUCCGCGAGACCACCAUCGCUUUCUAUCAAGCGCGUCUGAAUCUCGCCCGCAAGAUGAUCCGGAUCUUCGCUCUCGCUCUCAACCUCCCGGAGGACUACUUCGACGACCUGGUCACGCACCCAGGGGCAGACGGCCUGUAUGUGCACUAUCCCGGGACCCCGGAUGCUGCGAACCGCAGCGACGCAGAGCUGGAUGUGGGUAUCGGCUCGCACACCGACAUUCAAUGCGUCACCCUGCUGUGGCAGGACAUGUCCGGUGGCCUGCAGGUUCUUUCCACGAACGAUGAGUGGUUGGAUGCGCGCCCGAUCCCAGGCACCCUAGUGGUCAACAUCGGCGAUUUCUUGCAACGGCUUUCCAACAACCGCUUCCGGUCCACCGUGCAUCGCGUCUAUAACCGGCAGAGCACGUCGCGAUACUCGAUGCCGUUCUUCUUGGGAUUCAAUCCGGAAUCUGUGUGUCAGGUCGUGCCGUCUUGCGUCGAUGAUGAGCAUCCGCCUCUAUAUAAACCUAUCUCAUGUGGCCAGUGGCAUCGCGAUCGACUGGCCCUGGCGCAGGGCUUGCUGGUUCGUCCUUAAUCGUACUACUGAUCUGGAUGUGGCGUCUUAUAAUAAUAAUCUAUGAGGAAGCUGAGAUUGGAAAAGUGGGG